CAGCAGAACGGAUCGAACUGUUUGCCUGGGAACUGGGUCUUUUAAGGUUUGGGAGGGGCAGGUUUUAUAAGGAUUUUCUGUUUUCCACCACUCACAUUUCCACGUUCACACUGAUCACUAACGAAACGCGGACAAAGAUGGCAGCUCGGCUUCCCAUCCUGGUAGACGAUAAUCUCAGAUACCUGAAAUCAUACCAGGUUUUUUUGGAUAAUUCAUCAGAACACCAGAGCGUUAAGGCCUUUAUCAAUGGACCUCUCGCGGAAAUAUUGGCCAGUAUUGGAAAAGGGAAAACUGCCCUCCGUGUGAUGGGGGUGGGAAGUGGUUCAGGUGAGAACGAUUUGGAGAUCCUUCGCCAGCUCCAUUUACAGCACCCAGGAGCAAAAGUGGAUUAUGAGGUGGUGGAACCCAGCGGUGACAUGCUUCAGAAAUAUAAGGAUUUAGUGGAGAAUACUCCAGACCUUGAUCACGUCACCUUCACAUGGAAUAAAAUGAAAAUGUCUCAGUUUGAAAACGACUGUAAAGGGAGGAACCUUGAGAAGAAGAUGGAUUUCAUUCACAUAAUACAGGCAUUGUACUAUGUGGAGGAUUCAGAGGCUACGAUUUUGUUCUUCAAGAGCUUGUUGGAGAAGAAUGGCAAGCUCCUUAUCCUUCUGGUCUCAGGAGAGGGCAGUUGGGCAAAACUGUGGAAGAUAUACAGGCCCCAGUUCGGCAAAACCGACAUCAGAGAGAGUACCACGAUGGGAGACCUCAGGAGCUUGCUGGACUCCAGAGGGAUCCCCUAUCAGAAAUACGAGCUGCCGUCCAAAAUGGACAUCACCAGCUGUUUCACUUCUGGCGACGAGAAAGGAGAGUUGCUGCUGGACUUCCUGACUCAAGUGCAAGAUUUCAGUAAGAAUGCCUCCCCAGACCUGAGGGCAGGAGUGCUGGAUCUGCUCAGAGGCCCAGACUGCAGCCAGGAGGUGGACGGCAGAAUCAUGUUCAACAAUAACAUAGAAGCCCUACUGAUAAGUCCAUAGCUCAGAGAAUUCGAUUUACUAAA